AGUAGUGGGUCGCGUUUAAUCCUGCGAACACGUACGGCCCGAUCGUGCUCACGUGUUGGACGGAAAUUUUACGAAACAGCAGGAUUUUAUCAGUUUGAAAUAUCAAGUCCUUUUUAAUUAUAAAAUCACUUGAUCAAUUAUAUAUUCUGGUUUUUAAUGUUACGGAACGACUGCUGAAUGUACGUCACAUUUGUGGAGUAUUUUAAUGUAAAAUGAAUAAUGAGAUUGACGAUAUUGGUGAUAAAAUAUUUGAGGGACAAACGUGAUGUGCUUUUUUAUUACACUUGUUGAAUUGAUAAGUGUUACUGGAAAGAUCAGUCGAUGACUUUGUGAAGAUAUUUGAGUUGGCAAUAUUUUUGCGUGUACUUCGGUGUAAUAUUGAACAACGGUCAAUUAUAGGUGAACAAUUAAUCAUUACUGACCAGAGUAACGUGGAUAAAUACGAGUAAAGUUCAAUUAUUGUGUUGCUCAUGUACUGAAAUAUCAAGACUCAAGUGCAAGCGCCUCUGUUCAGAUAAAGGGGACUGAAAUUCAUCAAUCAUACGCGGCAGUAUUGCACUAUUAUGGAUGGACAAUGCUUGGUGGACCUGAUUUACGUAUUUUUUUUUAUUGGACUUCUAUUCAAAGAGACCGAACCAAUCAAGAUAACAAAGAUGCAGAUACCGAGUGUAGUGAGAGCUGGUACCGACGAACCAAUUAUUCUGGACUGCCCAUACAAUAUGGAGGGUGCAUCGACUCAAGCACUGGUAGUUAAAUGGUACAUCAAUGCUGAUAUACUGUAUCAAUGGAUUUUCGGGCAGCCUCCGCAAGGCUCAGACGAGUUCAGGCAGUACAUUAAUGCUUCCUAUAAAGCAAGUGACAAUCCAGACAUGGCGUACAGAGCGGUGAUGCUCGUUAGACCAAGUCAUAAUUUGUCCGGUACAGUCAGGUGUAGUGUAUCAGCGCAGCAAGGUGAGGACGAGGCAAAUGGUGAGCUGCUGGUCUACUCACCGGAGCGAUCACUACGCAUAGCAGAGCCAAUCUCCAAUGAUAUCACGAAGGAACUGUCUGUUAGCUGUUUCGCCGAGGAGGUCUAUCCGGAACCAAUUAUUAGAAUGUCGCGAGACAAUCAAACAAUUAAGGAGCUAAAAAAGGAGUCCAAUAAAAUUGACGAUGGUCGUUUCAAUGUGCGAGUCACAGCUGACAUCCCCAUCGAAAAAAUAGAACUACCAACGAAAUUUCGAUGUGAAAUCCACAUUGCGGCAGCGAAUUACACAUCAAUCCGGGAAUAUGUCUACAAUGGCAGUGAGGGCCUUCGCUUAUCCCUCGUGUUAUCAUUCAUUAUACAUCUCUUCGUUAUAACAACUGUACUGCAUUAUUGAAGAUGAAUCAGGCGGGACAAAUACAUAAACUGUUAUUCAAUAUCGAGGAAAUGUAAUAGCCAACAGCGAUGUCACCAACUCGCGAGAGGAACUACCAAAGAGAAUGAAAUGGAAUUAAAUGUAUUGUAUGAACUCCUGAUACCCUGCGUCAAAUAUUUUGCUAUUAACGUUGACAAAAAGCCAUUUUCUAUGUCAUUAAUCUGGUACACAAAUGUUUUUUUUUUUCGUGCAGAACUACCAUAGUUUGAAGACACAUAAUUCAUUAAAUACUAACAGGGUACUUUGCAAGUAAACGGAAAUGUCGCUGAGAAUUAAGAGGAAAGAAAGGACAGUAAGUAGAAUACUUUGUUCAUCCGGUAUUUAAUCUCCAGGAUAGAAUAAUAAUUUUUUUAAUGAGAAUUUUAUUUUUCAUUCGCAAGUAUUCAUCAUCCGGUGAUAAAAUCUGUGCUUUUUUCUCAUUAAACUCAUAUACUUUUCAUCCAUUGCAACGAAUUAUCUUUUCAUCGUUGCAAAGUAAUGCAUGAAACAUUUGUCAUUGAUCAUUAUGUGUAUAUCGGAAAAAAAAACUAAAAUAGGUGAAAAAAUGGAAUUUCAUAUAAGUAAAAUACGUCCGGGAGAGCAAUAAUAAAAGUAAAUAACAACGAGUUGGAAGAGUUGAAUAUGUAGGUCACAGUGAUAGCAUGAAAAAGUGAAUGCAGACCAAGCGAAAAAAUCAUUAACACAAGGGAAAAAAUGUCGGGGGCGUAGAGAGAGGGACAGGAAAGAUAGGAGGUAAAGGAAGAUGGCAACAACGGUGUAGUACUGUGAUACAGUAGCCAUUGGUGUGAGCCAGCAAAAAUUCACUGCUCUCUUUUCCUUCAGCAUAAACUACACUGAACAACGUACAUUCACUGAGUAUUAAGAAAGGUGAAUUUAUCCAUUGACAUUGAAAUAGCCAAGUUACAUGGGAAGAGGGUUUGGCUCUUACUGUAUGGUAAAUCUAAUGCGAUAGUCUGGGAGGGGUAAGCGUAAUGUGGGUAAAUUUACAAUAUUUGGGACCUCCUAAGCAUACACCCCGGACGAUCGUACAUGUUUAUGAAUUAUUCCUGUAUUAUCGUUCUUAUAGAGACUCUAACAAAUUUUAUGUAAAAAAAAUAAAAUAUAUUGAAUAGAGUAUCUAUUUCUAAGGAGGAGAGAUUUACUGAAAUGACAAAUUGAUAAAUUUCUCUCACGUUUUUGUAACUGUUCCAAUUUAUUAUUUCAGACUGAUUUUUAAAAAAUGAGCGAGUGUUAACACUAUAUGGAUUGAAAUAAGAAAUAAAAAGAUACAGAACAUAAUCGAUGUAAAAAUUGUCACAUGAUAUUUCUCUGGAAAUAAACAGAACGUUGGU